AUGCCCGGUGCCGUGGAGGAGCUGCGGGGACCCUCCGCUGCCCAAAGCCGGCCGCAAUCCCCUAAGGCAGAGCAGGUCGCGUCGCGGCUCCCCGGCGGGCGGGGCGGCAAGACGGCCUUGCACGUGGCCUGCGAACUGGUGAGACCCGAGUGCUUGCUCCUGCUGCUCGGGCACGGCGCGUCGCCCUGCCUGCACGACUCUUCCGGAAAUACGCCCCUCGACACCCUGCUGCAGCAGAUCGCCCAAACGCCGGCCGUUAAUAUGCGUGCCAAGCUCCUCUGCCUCGACUGCCUCUUCUUCUUCGUGCCUCAAGACCUGCAGUUCCCGAUGAAACAACAGCUGUUGGACAAUCGGCAACGGUGGCAGGACCUCUUAGGGGAGAACCGGUUCCAGUGCCUGGUGGGCUUGGCCCCCCCAUCGCUUUUUGUCAGAGCCAUGCGCGUUUUAAUCAGGACCAUUUCGCCUGAGCAGUUCCCGGAGGCUCUGGACGAUCUGCCUCUGCCGCAUUUUCUAAAGCCUUUGGACUUGAAACUGGAGAGCUAGGGGGUUUGUACCAGAGCCUCCCGCUCACAGGACAGAAAUAGACUAUUGUGCUAAAACUGUAUCGGUACACAGAGCUGCUAAUGCAGCAGCAAAGAGCCUGUUUUAAUUAGAACUGUGUUUUUUAAAGGAAUGGUAUCUGGCACUUUACAAUAUAUUUUAUUUAAAGAUUCUUGUGGUGAGGUGUGGUCAACACUGCAUUUUAUAGAAAAACAUUAUAUGGCAUGUACAAUUGAGGGUGUGUGGGAGAAUGUAUUUGUAAAUGCAUCUAAAUAAACCAGUGGCAGAUAUGAUCAAAAUACAAAUCAAGCAGCUGAAAAAUCUGAAAUGGUAUAUGCCUUGAAAAAGUGUGCAUGUUGGGGGGGGGGUAAUGUAUCUUUUAGUUAGGAUUUCCCUGUUACAUAAGCUUAGCAGUCCUGGAACAGGAUGACUCCUUUUUUACAGCUCUCCUAAUACAUCUUGGCAGGGAGGCAGGUUUUUUUUAAAGGCACAGAUGAAAACUUCCUAAUCUUGUACACAAAACCAAAGAGAAGCCAGAUACUAUUAAAAUCUCCCUAAACAAGCCUGGCAGAGAUAUGCAGCUGAACAAAAUAUAGUUUUAAAUAUGCAUAAAUAA